ACAAUAAAAUAUAAAAAUGUGGGUCACAGGGAUUUAUAUAUAUAAAUAGUUUGUAAAUAAGAUUCAGUGAUAUAUCUCUCUCUAAUCUCGAUUUUCGAUUCGCGAAUAUAAAGGAUGAAUUAUGGAACACGUGUCAAAAAAACGUACGAAAAAUCGUAAAAGAAAAAAGAAAAAUACUAGAGCAAAGGAACGUAUUAUAAAAAAAUUAGAGGUUAAAGAAAUAAAACAUCGUAAAAUAUUUAAUAACACCACUUGUAACAGUUCACUCUCUCAACUGACAACAACAAUGCCUGCUGAGACAUUUUGGGAAAAUUAUAAAAAUGCCAUUGACUGGCAACAAAGACACAAUGUUGCAUGGUGGAAAUCUCGAUGUCUUGCACUUGAAGAAGAAAACAAGAUUUUACGUAAUAAAAUAUAUGAACAAGCAAAUUCAGAAUCUUUUGUUGUUCAUCAACAACAAAAUCCAAAUGAAAACAAAAUUUUACAUAAUAAAAUAUAUCAACAAGCACAUUCAGAAUCUUUUGUUGUUCCUCAACAACAAAAUCCAAUUGAAACAAAUAAUGACACACUGGAAUUUCAAGUUGACAAUGACAUGGUCAAAUUUUUAGAACAAAGUAUACGUCAUAAAAUGGAAUUAAAAAAAAAACGUGACAAUGAAGAUGAACAAGAUGAUAUACCAAAUCAAUUUCAAGGUCCACCUAUAAAAAAUACUGACAGUAUUAAAAAUUCAACAUUAUUAUAUGGUUCAGCAUGUAAUAAAAUAAUGGCAAUGGAAACAGCUCUUCAAGCUAAUAUUGAUUAUCACAAAGAUCAUGAAAAAUGUUGUUUUUGGCCAAAUAUACCUUUAAAAUCUUAAAUGUAUUAAUGAUUUAUAAUAAAAAUAA